AUGUCUGUCGAGCCACCGACCUUAGUUGCUGUCCCUAGUUGGAGCCAAGGAACUGAGCCUGAUCUUGACAAAUUGUUCACCUCCACGGAUAAUUUGACCUAUCUUGAACUUUGGAAUUUUGAGGAUACUAAGCAAAAUGUUGCCAAUUAUGGCCCAGUGGUCGGAAACGUGACUGAUAUCUUAGCAAGCCUGGAGUCUGAUAAAUAUAAAGCUGCGAGUGAAGGACUUGUCGUGUUUUUCUCCGAAGUUGCGACAGAAUGCUCCGACAAAGAUCCGUACCUUUCGAGGCGGGUCAAUCCUCCAUUUCGUGCAAAGAAGGAGACAUUUCAAGCCAUCACGGAUGCGUUAUCACUUCCUAUGAUGCCCCAUCUACAAAUGUAUGUGGAUGGUGCAACAAUGUUCAUGGAUAUGGGUACAUCAUUGUCUUCGGCUGGUGAUGACGUUCAAACCUUCAUUAUCCAAAACAGUUUCACCACAACAAGUCAGUAUAGCGCAUGUAUCAGCUACAACCCAUCAACCAGGGUCACUGCCGCGUUUGUUCACGGGCUAUGCGAGGCCGAAAUAAAGGCGCUCGCGAAUAAAGUCUUUGCUCGACAAGAUAGUAUCGCGCUGCCAAUGAUGCUGCCUCUCUAUCUAAUCUCAUUCCGAGUAGACUCGGCAAGACGGAAAGUUGGAGACAGCCAUAAGGAAAUCAUCGAGAUCGAACAUCAGACUGGGAUUCGGACCGUGUGGCACCCUUCGCAGCCUUGCUGCAUGAGUAAUCGCAACAAGGUGCCUGGUCAACGUCGAUAUGACGGGGUGGAUUUUGAUGAAGUGACGGUGAACCUCACUAGCAUGAGUUCCAAACUUGCCUAUGUGGAGUUUGUGUGCGAGGUACAUAUACCUAUGCUUGAUAGCUUCGACAUGAUCAACAAACGUAUAUUGCAGUCCUACCCUGCAAAUCGUCGGCACAGGGUUGAAGAGGCUGAGCAUCGCCUUCGAACAGAGGGUGGCCUGCUCAGGAGUUCUUUGCAAGCAACCUUCUCGAGGGUGAAGUACUUAUCGAAGCGAGGCCAAGUACAGGUCCAAACAAUAUAUAGCUUGAUAGCUCAGAAAGACAACGCAUUGAGCAUGAAGGACAAUGCCGCUCUGAAGAUGAUCUCAGAAGACCAGAAGCGAGUGGCGAUCAUGGCCACUCAGGAUAGUGCUGCCAUGAGUGUGAUCUCCACGAUAACGGCGGUAUUUCUUCCAGCCACAUUCACAGCAGCAUUUUUCAGCACCACAUUCUUCAAUUUCCAAAUUGGCAGUGACGCAACCUCGAUUGUUUCAGGAUGGUUGUGGUUAUACUUCGUAGUGACAUUUAUCUUAUCUUUAUUGAUCGUUGCUUGGUGGCAUGUCAGUUACCGGCGCAAACGGUAUAAGAUUGAUGAUGCGGUGGGAGGACUCAUAGACGACAUGCGUUCUCGAGGUUCGGUUGAUCACUCGCACGUGAAGAUUGCUUGA